AUGCGCUUCACCAGUGGGCUGUGCAAUGGAUUCACAACGCGGAUCACUCUGAAGAAGACUCUUUCUGCUGCUACUGUGAUGAAUCUUGCAAUGGAGAUUUCCUUGAGGGGUCACUGGUUUGGUACUGUGUGCUCAAACCUGCCUGAUGGCCGUGGCCUUGCUCCGACUUCUUCGACAAAGGACGGGAUCCAUUCCUGUCACCUCACCAGCAAUGCUGUUGCUGGUGAGAUGCUGCUCCACUGCGCCUACCCAGCCUGCUGCUGCAUCCAGCGAAGAGUGCUGUUAUGCGCUGGGCGCGUUUGGAAAGAUGCAAUGCAAUUCAGCAGAGAGCAGUUCAUACCAUUUGACAAGUAUAUGAAGGAGAACGAGAACUCAAUUCUGGAGCCAGUACCCAUGGAUAGUCUGAUAUCGCCAGUUGACGAAGAUUUCAACUACUUCAUAGCUGAAUCUGCCAAAAAUUUAUCUGAUCUGGGUAUCUAG